AAAAAAAGGAGAGAGAAUAGAGUUAGCUAUGACUAUGUGUAAUAAGAGAAGCACAAAAACAAGCCUUCCAUGACUGUGCCAUCAAGAAAGUAGCUUUGUUUUCCAUCCCAAACUGUCAAAAGUCUCUCUUCACCUAUAGCUUAAGUAAACACUUUCUCUAUCUCUCUCUCUCAUCAAUGUUCCUUUGAGAUCAAUGCUCCUCCUCUUCUUCUUCUUUUUCAUAUAAACCACAUAUCUUCCACUCCGCAUCUUAACAAAUUUCACAGCAAACCCUAAAAUUGAGAAAGAGAAAAAAAAAGAUAGAGAGAGAAAGAUGGGUAGAGGGAAGAUAGAGAUAAAGAGGAUCGAGAACGCAAACAAUAGAGUUGUGACGUUCUCGAAGAGGAGGAAUGGGUUGGUGAAGAAGGCGAAAGAGAUUACAGUUCUUUGCGAUGCAAAAGUUGCUCUCAUAAUCUUUGCAAGCAACGGCAAGAUGACUGAUUAUUGUUGUCCUUCCAUGGAUCUUGGUGCUAUGUUGGACCAAUAUCAGAAGCUAUCUGGCAAGAAACUAUGGGAUGCUAAACAUGAGAACCUCAGCAAUGAGAUAGAUAGGAUCAAGAAAGAGAAUGAUAGCUUGCAGCUGGAGCUCCGGCAUUUGAAAGGGGAAGAUAUACAGUCUCUCAACUUAAAAAAUCUGAUGGCUGUAGAGCAUGCCAUUCAACACGGCCUAGACAAAGUCCGAGACCACCAGGCAUGUUAUACAUCUCUACAUGCAUUCAUAAGCAUGUAUAUGUUUGCAUAUAUAAAUACAUUCUCACACUUAAACUCUUAUUUUGGUCUCUGCUUGGCACAGAUGGAGUUUCUCAUGACAAAGAGGAGAAAUGAGAAAAUGAUGGUGGAGGAAAAUCGGCAACUCAGUUUCCAGCUGGAAAAGAUUAUGUCUCUGGUCAUCGAUUGA